AUGCUGAUUUCUUUUGAAUAUCUCCUAACGUGCGAUGGCGAUGAGUUAGGUAUGCUGGAAGAUUCUGUCGAAGCUAUCCACGCUUUAGAACGUGUUCAUGUACGGUUUAUUCCCGCAACGGCAAGCAAUGACGUACUGCAACCACGAUUUUUUGGUACAAGAUUUUACUGUAAAGUUGUUCUACCUCUACCUGCUCAUAUGUUCGCGAGACUACCGAAAGAACUCAAAGACGGCGGAUCUAUUCGAAUAGUACCUGUUGUUUUUAAUGUUGGUAUUAAUGAACGAGCCCUAGCUGCACGCGUACGAUCAAUGAAUUUCUUCACAACAUCACAAGUUGAAAGUGAUCUCAAUUAUAACAACUUAGAUAAACUGAAAACAUAUAUCAACAAAAGUAUCAAUAAUUUGCCUGAAGAUAUACCGGAUUUAUUGAAACAGCUAGAACACACAAUUCGCUCGAACAAACCGAAAAACGUUAACAUCUUCACACUUGCUGAGAAAGUUUGUCGUCGAGCUUAUGGUGUUCGAGUAACCGGCUGCAAAAGUGCAAAAGAUCGCACUUCAAUGGGUUUCACGCUAGAACAAGGACAGUUGCUUGUGAACAAUCACCGUGUCGACAAACAUGAUUUACAUGAGAUAAUCAAUCAAUUUCGACGCUACGGCACAUCUAUUGAAAAUGCACUGGCGAAUACAGGUGUCAAAGCAUACGCUUUUUCAUAUUUACAAUUGUUAACUUUUCCGGAAUAUUAUCGUGCUCAGCAGGGUACAUAUGGAGAUGUUCAAACAUAA